GCAGGGCUGCAGGCUCAGACCGUGCUGGUCAAUGACACCGUGUCGGGGUUCAUCGGCACAGACGUGGUCCUGCACUGCAGCUUCACCAACCCCCUCCCCAAUGUGAAGAUCACGCAGGUGACGUGGCAGAAGGCCACCAACGGCACCAAGCAGAAUGUGGCCAUCUACAACCCUGCCAUGGGGGUGUCCAUCCUGUCCCCCUACAAGGAGAGGGUGACCUUCCGGAACCCUUCCUUCAAGGAUGGCACCAUCCAGCUCUCCCGGCUGGAGCUGGAGGAUGAGGGGGUUUACAUCUGUGAGUUUGCAACUUUCCCCACCGGCAACCGGGAAGGGCAGCUGAACCUCACCGUGCUGGCCAAGCCCACGAACUGGAUGGAGGGCACCAAGAGGCCGCUCAUUGCCAAGUCUGGCAGGACAGAGAAGAUCCUGGUGGCCACCUGCACCUCCUCCAACGGGAAGCCCCCCAGCACUGUCACCUGGGACACCAAGCUGAAGGGGGAGGCGGAAUUCCAGGAGAUCAGGAACAGCAACGGCACCUUCACGGUGAUCAGCCGGUACCGGCUGGUGCCGAGCCGGGAGGCCCAUCGGCAGCAGCUCAUGUGUGUGGUCAACUACCAGCUGGACAGGUUCACUGACAGCAUCACCCUCAACGUGCAGUACGAGCCAGAAGUCACCAUCGAGGGCUUCGAUGGCAACUGGUUCCUCAACCGCAAGGAUGUGAAGCUGAUAUGCAAAUCUGAUGCCAACCCCCCAGCUCACACCUACGAAUGGAAGCUGCCAAACGGGACUCUGCCAGGGAGUGUGGAAAUCCAGAACAACACCAUCUACUUCAAAGGGCCCGUGUCCUACAGCGUGGCCGGCACCUACGUCUGCGAGGCCACCAACGCCAUCGGCACGCGGUCGGGCCUGGUGGAGGUCAAUGUCACAGAAUUCCCCUACACCCCGUCUCCAAUCGAUGAUCACAAAUCCAUGGUGCAGCCGAACAUCCCCACACCGGUGAUUGGGGGCAUAGUGGGCGGCGUCUCGCUGGUCCUGCUGGUGGCCGUGGUGCUCUUUGUGGUACUCCGGCGCCGGCGUCACACCUUCAAGGGUGACUACAGCACAAAGAAGCACGUGUACGGCAACGGCUACAGCAAGGCCGGCAUCCCACAGCACCACCCCCCCAUGGCCCAGAACCUGCAGUACCCCGACGACUCGGACGACGAGAAGAAGCCGGGCCCGUUGGGCGGCAGCACCUACGAGGACGAGGACGAGGAGGCGGGCGGCGAGCGCAAGCUGGGCGGCCCCAAAGCGUACGAGGAGGACGCCAAGAGGCCUUACUUCACCGUGGACGAGGGGGAGGCCCACCCCGAGCCCUACGACGAAAGGACACUCGGCUUCCAGUACGACCCCGAGCAGCUCGACAUGGCCGAGAACAUGGUGUCGCAGAACGACGGGUCUUUUAUUUCCAAAAAGGAGUGGUACGUGUAGCCUGGCACGGCCAACACACACACACACACACACACAACA